UAACAUUUGAGACAAAAGAUAGAGAGCUGUUAUCAGUUAGUACUUAGUUUUCAUACAAACAUGGCGACGAUAAAAUUUCUACUACAUGUAUAUUUAGUACUGGUCUUGCCUACAUCAUGUAUUGACGCAGACAAAAGGCUAGGUGUACCAGUACACACUAUUGGCAAACGAUAUUUGCUUGGUAUUGUAUAUCAAUGGGGUCCAUGGGCCUCUUUCACAACAUGUACGGACUGCGUUAACGGGAGUAAGCAACGUCAACGUUAUUGCUAUGAUGACAACAAACAGCACGUGCAGGGAAGUUACUGCAAAGGCUAUGCAAUUGAAUUUAGACCAUGUUUACCGGCAGACUGUGAUUCCUGUGUUGACACGUAUAACCCUGGUGUGCCGUGCCCUUUAGAUUAUUGCACUGUUUAUGCUGAAUGGUCAAAAACCUACUGCAAAAAGACAUGCGGACACUGCAGUACACCAGCUCCAGUUAUCAACGGCAAUUGGGGAAGCUGGAGCCAGUAUAGUGUAUGUAGUCGUUUGUGUGGCAAGGGAACCAGGUCGCGUUACAGGUCGUGUAAUAAUCCGCCGCCUUCCGGUGGUGGGCAUGGUUGCUACGGAAACAGUAAUGAGGCAACAUCUUGCAACGUCGCCCCAUGCUCGAUCGAUGGCCGUUGGAGUAACUGGAACACGUGGUCUUCCUGUUCAGUGUCGUGUGGACUUGGAGUUAUAACACGUGACCGGAUGUGCGACAACCCAGCGCCUGUUGGAAAUGGGGCACCUUGCAAUGGCAACAGUAAAGAAAUGCAUGAAUGCACAGUUGGUCCGUGUGCAGAAUGGUCACACUGGUUUAACGGUGACUGCUCUGUGUCGUGCGGAAAUGGAACGAUGGAGCGUCUCCGACAUUGCAGUACAGGCCGGGAAUCAGACUGUAAUGGUAUAGCAUAUGAGAUGGUUCCCUGUAGUAAUGUCGAAUGUAUAUAACAUAUAUUUGAAAUAAAUUUAAAAGUUUUGUACUGUUUGUCAAAGCAGAGAGAUUGAA